AUGAAGUAUCUGAAGGCCGCGGUCUCUGAAAUCCAUACCUCUCUUGCGGCGGGAACCUGGCGAAAUCAAUGGCUUAUUGUUCACCGACUACCGGCCAGAAUAAUCAAAUGUCUUGAAGAAGAAGAGAAUUGCCUUGGAGGUAUUCCUUUUCGUGUCCAAUGGGAAGACAAGACGGUAUCAUCAAAGUCGUUGAUCAACCUCAUGAAUAUUAUCACAAGGGCCACAUCAGCUGCCAUUCAACAUAGCAUGGGCGGCUUUUAUCAACAACCUGGUAACUGGCUAGGUGCGGCACGGUACUAUGCUGCUGGCCAAACAGCCGGUGGCAAAGAAGCCGAUGACAUAUUUGUGCCUUUAACUCGAAUCACACCUAUUAUGUCUGCUGCUAGUGCGGGGUGGCCCACAUUUGUGAUGGAAGUAGGGUAUUCGGAGGGCCUGAGUCAACUCCGAGCAGAUGGCCAAAAAUUGUUCCGUGACUCGCUAGGCGAGGUUCGGUUGGUGUUGCUGAUUCUUAUCAAGCCAAACCUCCGUCGCCUGGAGUUCGAGUAUAUCAGCGCAUUGAAGGCGACGAAACAGCGCCCUCCGAUGGGGCAGCAGCUCGCUAAUCAGCAAUCAUUCUGUAUGCAGAAUGUCGAAGUCGACACCGCACAGAACGGUAUAAACUGUGUUCAAGGAGGUCCUUUGCGUCUGGAUUGUCAAGCACUUCUCGAUGAUCUGAACCCUCCCACUCCUAAUUAA